UAUCUGUAUCCUGUCCUGUGUUAGAAUCAAUGAGAAGAAACAGGAGAAACAGCAAGACUCUGCUUCAGGAUCUCUUUUAUCGAGGAGUCCAUGGAGGAGACAGAGAUACUCCUAUUCCAGCUCAGCCUGGUAGAGAUGCUAAAAUGAUCCACUCCAUUGCCAGUCUGAUCAGAGCGAAGAGCAAACUCCUCCUCCUCGAGAAUCCUGACACUGUGGAGAUCUACAAGCUGGAUGAUUCAACAGCCCGUUCUAGCAAAACUGGUAAGGACGGUGUCUACCUCCCAGCCAUCACAACGAAGGCGUCAAGUCUAAACUCCAUCAAAGGGGCUCUAACUCAGUCCUGCCCUUACCUGUACGACAAAAGAAGAGGAUCUUUCUCCUCAGUAGCCUCUCAGAGAACUGGAGGCCACCCUCAAAAACAGAGUAACCUAAGGGCACAAAAAGAGGCAAAGAAAUCCAACGUCACUGUGACAAUGAUCUACCUUGGACAAGGUCAUCGGGGCUCAGUGUUGGGGUCAACUCAGGAUGAACUGAAGGUCCUCCAGCAAGUCAAUGGAGGGGAGAAUAUCUGUGUCUUCAAAGGCCUGCUGACUCCAGGAGAGCAGUUUCAGUUUGUCUCUCAGAGACACAGAGGUUACCCCUUCAGUGUUACCUUGUACAUUAAUGGCAUCAUGGUGGCCAGAAUCAGUUCCUGCUGUGAGUACCGAUAUGCUCCCGGCUUCCAGCAGGGCAGGAAGAGCUGCUUCAGGUUGUCUUGGCUGGCUGGUGGGAUACCCUGUUACAGAUGUACAAGUCUCCGAAACAAAUACAGCUCCUGCCAGCAGCUGAACAACGGCACAAAGGAGAACUUAAUUCUCCCUCUAGAGCAGAGCCCUGGCAAUGGUACAAAGCCUGGAAGCACCAUCGAGUCAUGUCCAUCAUCCCCUCUGUUUAUCCCAGCCAAACCAGAGAGGAAGUCAGUGAGGAGGACAAGAAAACACAUCAAGGAAGGCGGCGGAGGAUCUACAGACAGCGAAGACCCCACUGUAGCAGGGAUUAAAGAGACCUCCAAGAAGAAACGACGCAAGGGUCAAACUAAUCAGAGAGAGAGCAAAGGAAAGACAGCCAGAAAUAAGAGCGAAGAGGGACGAGACAGUAAGGGCUCGGAGGUCUCGCGGAGGUCAACAGUGACAGAAAAAUAUAAAGACCAAGCACCGUCUGCCAGACCAAAGCAGAAAGAAACCAGAAGUGUCACAGCGCUGCAGACUGAGCAGCCGCGAUCGAACAAGACAAGCAAAGUUCUCGAUUCAUUGCAGGAUGAGGAAGCUCUGACUAAGCAGAAUGGAGAGAAACAGAAGGACCUGGGAUCAAAUGAGAAAAACAGAGAUGGGGAAAGACUGAAGGACUUCUAUGAAGAAUGUGUGGAAAUAAGUGCUGCGUUGGAGCAGGGCCCAAACAAACACAACUGGUUCAAGGCAAACAUAUUGGAGAGGUGCCGGCUCCAGAAGAAACUCUCAUCGUGCCCACCCCAAGCCCCAGGCUCAGAUGUGGAGCGUAGUGCAGAAAGUGACACCGUCCCACAGCCUGAUGGAGAGCCAGAGGAAGAAGAGGACGCAGACAGCCAGGGUGCUGGCAAAGAAGAGCCGGUUAAAGAACAAGACCUGCAGGCGCAGCUUGAUGCCAUGAUGACAGUGCUGAGCACAUCCGAUGAGGUGGAGCAGCUGGUUCUGAGGAACACGGAACUAACAGACGACCUUCUACUGAGCCUGGCGGGAUCCCUAAAGAGCAGCUUGUCCGAGGUCACACUGCUCAACCUCAACCUGAACCUCAUUGGCCCAUAUGGUGCUCACAUCCUGCUGGACGUUCUGAGAGUGAAGCCUCAGGUCAAAGGCUUACACUUGUUUGGAAACAAACUGCGUGACCAUGGAGUGCUGACCCUGUUGAAUGGAAUAGCUGAGCUGCAGGAGCAAACAGCGAGAGCUGCUGCUGCCAUCCAACAGGCCAUGCUUUUCCCAUCUGAGCAGAACACGCUUCUGCAGCUGCCCACCGGAUGGAGCUCUUUCAGGGGUUUUGCGCUUUUAGAACUGGAUAUUGGGGGAAAUGGCUUGAGCAGCGACGGGAUAAAGGUGAUAGCAUCAUAUAUGAGGCACCACUCGUACCUUCAGUAUUUAGGGCUGGCGCAGACCAGCGGUGCCGACCUGGCGGCAUGGAAGGAACUCUUCGACAGCCUCAAAGGAAACAGCUCGCUGAGUCAGAUCAUCCUAGACGAGAACAACUUGGGGGACCCAGGGGUCAGACUGCUGGCCGAUAUGCUGAAAGAGAACAUGAGUCUGCAGCAGGUGGAUCUGGACAGAAACGGCAUCAGUGAUGUGGGUGGAAACGACAUCAUGGGGGCCUUGUUAUGCAGGACGCAGUUCCCGAUGAGGCAUCUGAGCCUUCAGGAGAACAUCAUAAGUGCAGGGCUAAUGAGUAGAAUACAGGAGCAGGUUAAAUGUAAAUGAAUCCUGCAGGACUGAGAGAUCCCAAUUCCAAACCAUGAGAACCUACAUAGCAUACACAGCACUGACUUGAGAACUCAUAAGAUUCUUUGUUUACAUUUUGAGGUUUCGAGAGGAAAAAACCUGACUCAUUUGGCUUGGUUGAUCUUCAAACACACAAACACACACACACACACACACACACACACACACACACACACACACACACACACACACACACACACACUCACAGAUCUCUUCCUUCCUAUAACUGGGUGGCCCUGCUAACAAAUGCUGCAUCUGAGUUUAGCUCAGGCAGGUAGUGUAGGAGGCAUGUUUGCUUUAGGGCUGCGCUGUGGUCUGGAUGCGUUUUCAAAGAGAUCUCAAUAAACGGAACUUUUCUUCUUUGUGGUGAGGUUACAUCUUCACCUUGAGUUUUUUUUCUUCUUCUUCCCACCACCAUUACCCCUCAUGACUGUGUACCUCCUACUUUGCUAAAACUGACUCCAGCACAAGGCUCACUGAUCCCUCUGUCAUUUUAUUGAAUAAUUUGCUGCCUCCUGACGAAAACCACAGUGAUUCAUUCCACCCACGGUAUUUACAGGUCAUGGACCUUCAGAACAUUUCAGUAGCCAAUCUCCUUUCUCCACUUCUACAAAUCAAAAGAGAGUUAUGGACAGCUAAUCUAUGCCACGUCAACUACCCUCAUUUUGUCAUUCUUGUCUCUUCAUGUGCUAGACAGAGCUACUAUUCAGAAUGUAUGAUGGGGGGGAAGAAAAACUAGGGCAAAUUCAUCUGCAUUUUGAGGCCGUCAACUCAUUGUUCUAUCAACACUGACGUUCUGAGAAUAACUGAACCUAUGAUCAAAGCUUGUCAAAGUGGUAAUUAUCUCCUCCUCUCAGGGCUGCCAGUAGUGAUUCUGCUGAAACCAAUCCCUCCAUAUUUCAUCUGCAGUCUUUGCGAAUUCCUUUCUGCGGAACCCCGAUAAAGACGCUCUCCGAAGCCCCAGAGGAUGACAGAUAAAUUAGACUGGCGCACCUGAAGAUUACAUCUGCAAAAGUCAUUCUGCUCUGCCGUAUCAGACUGAAAAUGCCUUUAUUUGUUGUGUUGUGGUGGUGUACAUUUAAAACUCUGUAGACAAGAUGUCUGGUUCUGGGUGUCUUAUUUUGUAAGGUCAAUUGUUGGUAUCUAAAGUCUUACAGAUAAGCCAGGUAAGAUUUUGCUAUCAGCACUAUAAAGAGCCCAAGUUUCUUUUCUUUUUGACUGUAGAUCUUCUAAGAUCUCAACAGCCACAUUUGUUGUAGAUUGAGCACAAAACUAAGUGUUACACCAUCAUGCCUGGCUGAGCAUAAGCUGGAAAACAAGAGCCGCACUGUAAUUCACAGACUCCUUCGAUAAGGCCUUCGUGCUUCUCCGUUACAAGUAAAUCUCAGAUCAGUGACCCCAUUGUUCAUCUGCUAAUGUUAUCUGUAUUUCACCUGAAACAAAUCCUGCAGUGUUACAAGCUUCUUUCAACCGCUCUUCCAAAAACAAGGCCUUCAAUCAUAGAAGCUCAAUCUGUUAGGAAUUUACAGGUUUGCUUGAGAAACAGUUUUCCCCUUUCAGGCCUUUGUAGGUUACUGUAUCAUAUCUCUUGGUGCUUUAGCUGUACAGUCACGUGAGGCCUGGCUAGUGAAGUGUCCACUGUUGUACAGCCCAGAAAUAAUCAGGCUAAACACAUCAUUCAUCAACAUUUUGUUGAUAAGAACUGAUCUAUAAGACUAAUAGGUGAAUUACAGCUGGGAAGUUGCAUAUACAUCUUCUAUGGUAUACAAGGGUUUAGUUUCAGACAACCAGUGCUGUGGGGAAUUGGAGAGUGGAAAGUCUUGGGAAUUGAGUUUCUUGACUGUGACUUAGGGGAAAAACAAAACAAAUGAAGUGAACAAUGCUUACUCAAGGGAAGUUCAGUGAUUCAGACUUCCUUUAAGUUUCCUGGGCAGGGUGAUGCAAUUUAUUUCCACUUACAGCAUAUGAAGGGUCAGUGUCUUUGCAGUUUGCAGGGCAUUCACUUUUGAUGUCUUUGUAAAAGAG